UGUGGUGAUGCGCAAGUUGAAGUGUUAUCGGAGCAGUCGGAAGCUUUGAUCAUUUUUGAUGCCGUUGAACUGGGACGAGACGGGUCGUUCAGCUUACGCUACAUUCAAGAUUCCGGUAAGCCGCUGCCGAAACCGCCACCACCUGUUUGGGUACCCGGAAGCGAGAAUCGUCUGUUCCGCGGCCUUCAGAUUGGUAAUGGCGGUGAAAUCGAGAAAUUCAUCCUGAAUGCAAUCCCGAAAAUUCGUGAUCCACAACGACCGGCUGAAUCAAUCGCAUCGAUUUUAACCGAGUUCACUUUGGGCCAAAUUCUUGGAUGA